AUGGUUCAGAGGAUUGACGUCGACGAGGGCUGGGAGUUCAAACAAUCCAGCUCCCUGAACAAUGGAACCGCUUCGACCUAUCUGCCUACUGCGCAAUUUCCCACUGUUGCCCACAUCGAUCUCAUGCAUCAUAAUCUCAUUCUAGACCCGUAUAUCGACAUCAAUGAGCUCAAGUGUCUAUGGGUGAACGAUACGGAUUGGACCUACCGCACCGGAAAGGUUGGACCGGUCAACCUCGAAGAUUUUGAUCGUGUAGUCCUUGUUUUUGAAGGUCUUGAUACUAUCGUCGAUGUGUAUCUGAACGAUAAACACAUUCUGUUUAGCAAUAACAUGCAUGUGUCUCAUCGGAUCGAUGUGACAGACCUUCUGAGGGAUGCGCAAGACCCGGCAGUUCUUAAAUUGAGGUUCAGAGCAGCUCCAGCAUAUGGUCGCUCGGAACGUGGAAGGAUCGGAUACAAGAGACUCUCCACCGGUCGUGCUGUCAAUUUUGGAGGGUCUGAGCGACUCUUCGUUAGGAAAGCUCAAUACCAUUGGGGUUGGGACUGGGGACCAGCUGUCAACACGUGUGGGCCAUGGAAACCUAUCUAUAUCGAAGUCUACAAGUCGAGAGUGCAUGACCUUUGGGUUACUCAAAGUGUCACUGAUAAUCUCUCUUCAGCCGAAGUCACUGUGAAGGCGCAGAUCGAACACCCAAAUGGCAUUGCUCACGUCUCUGUUCAAGUAUGUGAUAAUGAGACCGGAAACACGGUUAUCGAAAAAGAAGUUGCUGUGUCGUCCGAUGGCUCUUUUAAGACCUCUUUCACGAUCGACAACCCGACGUUGUGGUAUCCGUUCAUGUAUGGCAAGCAGAAUCUGUACGUGGUCAAAGCAACUAUCCCCGGCGACACGGUAGCCAAGUCCAUCGGUAUAAGAAGACUGCGUCUGCUCCAGAAUUCUCUCAAAGAUCAACAGGGCAGUUCUUUUAUCUUCGAAAUCAAUAACAUCCGUCUUUUCUCGGGCGGCUCAUGCUGGAUCCCGGCCGACUUCAUGCUCCCGCGAGUAACAAGAAAGAGAUAUGAACAAUGGAUAUGUCUAGCAAAGGAAGGGAAUCAAUCCAUGAUCCGAGUUUGGGGUGGUGGAAUCGUUGAAGAUGAUGCCUUCUACGAUAUUUGUGAUCGUGAAGGAAUUCUGGUUUGGCAGGACUUUUUGUUCGCCUGUGGGAACUACCCUGCGCCGCCAGAGUUUGUCGAAAACGUUAAGAAAGAAGCGGAGCAGCAGGUCAAGCGUGUGGGACAUCAUCCAUCACUUGUAAUUUGGUGUGGAAACAACGAGGACUAUAUGUGCGCAGAUCAAGACCGCUGUUGGGAUGUUGACUACAGUGACACGACCGGUCCGUGGGACAAGACCACAUUUCCUGCCCGUGAGAUUUAUGAACGCACUUUGCCUGCUGUCAUUGCAGCCUCAGAAACUGACGUGCCAUAUUGGAUCAGUUCACCAUAUGGGGGAAGCGUAUCGAAUGAUACUACGGUCGGCGAUACUCAUUGCUGGGACGUUUGGCAUGGCAAGCUAUCCCCAUAUCAGGACUACAAGGCCUUUACGUCGCGCUUCAUCUCAGAAUUUGGCUUCGAGUCAGCGCCCAGCCUGAGCACAUUGCACCGUGCCAUCACCGACCCCAAGGAACGCCAUGCGCAGUCGCGAACAUUUGACGCCCAUGAUAAAGGCCCAGGUCACCAGAGGCGGUACCCGAUGUACAUGGGUGAAAACUAUCGCUUCCGGAUGAACCCACUCGAGGACUUUGUAUACUGUACCCAGUUCCUCCAAGCUGAAGCUAUGGCAUACGCAUACAACUGCUGGAGAAGGGAGUUCAGAGGUCCUGGUCAAGAAUAUUGUGCUGGCGUUUUGGUCUGGCAGCUGAACGAUAUCUGGCCUGGGACUAGCUGGGCGCUUGUCGACGUGGAUCUCAACCCGAAGCCGGCUUACUACAUCACAAAGCGAGCAUUGGCAAAGACAGUGGUAGGGAUGGAGCGUGUCGUUACUGCAAAACCACCCUAUAUCACAACUGGUUUCCUUGAUGAAAAGGCCAAGUUGGAUGUGUGGGCGGUGAACGGCGAGCUUGAAGAGCGAACAGUGACACUUGAGCUAAGAGCAUUUGACAUCGAAAGCGGCAACCUGAUCCAGUUGCUUGGUACAUGCGCGAAGAAGCAGUACAUCCUCAAAGCGAACCAGACCACUGAACUUGUGGUAAACAUGGACAUUCCGAACUUUGAUGGGACUGUUGUUGUCGCCUAUCUGAUUGAUCCUGCCUUUGGUGAGAAUCUUGCAAGAUGGGUGAGCUGGCCAGAGCCGCUGAAGUUUAUGCGCAUAUCCUCCGAGCUGAAGAUCACGACCGAAGUAGUGGAUGAUGGCACUGCAGUGGUCAUUAGUGCAAACGCACCCACGAAGGGCGUCGUGCUAAGCGCACAAAACGAGAAUGGCGAUGAAGCCGUGUUUGAGGAUAAUGCGAUUGACUUGGUACCAGAAGAAAAGAUCAGAGUUGGAAUCGAGGGACGUUUGGGCGGAGAUGGUGUUAGUGCUAGGUUCUUGUAUGACUGGGAGUUGGACCCUGGCUUCAAAUGGUAG